AUGCAAUAUACCAUUUCUAGAGUACUACCAUCAGUAUCGAUAAAGACCAUCAUCACUUGUCUCUUGUGGUACGCUGUAUCAACAACGACAUCACAGUUGACCAAACGUAUCUUGACGGAGUUACCCUAUCCGUUAUUUCUAUCACAAUGUCAAUUUUUAGUUGGAGCAACACUAUCUUUUGCAACAAUCAUAAUGUGCCGAAAUGUACCUCACGUGAGUGAACGAUUUCCACCAGGAAGUGUGCCAGAUUAUAACACCAACAGCCAACCGAUAUUUUCAUUUCGCAUGCUACUAAAGAUUUUCCCGUUGGGUUUGUUUCAAUUUGUUGGAAAGUUCUUUUCAUUAACUGCCACUUCAUUGAUACCACUAGCCACAGUUUCAAGUAUUAAAUCAUUGAGUCCCUUGAUUGUGGUUUUUGGGUACAGAGUUGUCUAUAAUGUUAUAUUUCCAGUUGUAACGUAUGUGUCAUUGAUACCAUUGCUUCUUGGGGUCAUAUUAAUCAUAUUGUCCGACUCAAUUAGGAACUCACAUUCCCAUACCAAUUCGUUGACGAGCGAGUACGGUGAGUUCAAUCCACAGCAUUUAACGGGGAUAUUCAUGUGUUUGAUGAGUACAGUUGUAUUUGCCGCUCAAAAUAUUUAUGGGAAACAAUUGAUAACGUGGGACAGUAUGGACGAGAAGGUGCGAAAUCCAGUCUCGUUAGUAUUGCAUACAGAUACCAGACCAUCGACACCUGAUCCAGAAAUUGAGUUGAAGUUGCAGCACUCGAAGACAAAUGGUGAUUCUUUUUCCGAUCGAAACCGUCUUUCAAUACCAAUCAAGACCAAUAUGGGGACACUUCCAUUUUCCACAUCAGAUCUUACAUUAGACGAGAUAAAGGAAUGCCGUUUAUACAUACCUCCAUUACAACCACAAACUAGCUCGUCGGCACAAUACACACGAGCAGUUUUGAAUAGUUAUACAAACGCUUACAAUCCAUUUGCAUUUAUUGUAAACAAGUUUGAGCUCGAUAAGAUUGCCAAGCCAGAUAAGAUCUCAAUAAUUCUAUACACCUCGCUCAUUGGAUUCUCAUUUUCCAUUGGCGGGUAUUUAUGCAAUGAGUAUCCGCAUAUGUAUCAACAUUCAAUUUUCAACAAGUUAUUGUCUUUAAUCCUUUUAGAUAGCUUAUCACAUUAUGGACAAACAUUACUAGCACUUCAUCUUUUAGGUUCAAUACCAGCACUAUCGUAUUCCAUUGCCUCGAUGAUGAAGAGGAUCAUUUUGAUUUUGAUGAGUAUUAUACUAAUGGUGAACAGAGACUCAACCAACUCAUACUUUGGUAGAGUUACUAUGGAGCAGUUUAUUGGAAUCACCUUAAUUGGAAUUGGGUUAUACUCUUAUGAUAGGUGGGGUUCACGGACUCUUAAACCAAGGCAAUGA